GAACGGACAAAGUCUGGUGUAAAUUUGGGUCGAAAGGACACGGGCGCCUGAAGCGGCAGCGGUUUGUCAAAUUGCACAGCGGCAGCAGCGGGCGGGAUGGAGGCGCUCCGAGCCGCUGCUCUGCUCCUCUGCUCGGUCACCUGUUGCUGCUGGUGGGAUUUACAGGGCGUGGAGCCUGCAGCGCUGUCCCCGGCUCCCAGCUCCUCCUCCCCGGGGACCGGGCUCGGCGGCGGCGGCCCCGGGCCCCACACGGAUGCCAGGGCGAGGAAACUGCUACUGAUGAAGGAGAGCGGUCCGCCCUCUGCCCGGGGCCGCCGCCGCCGCCGAGCUCACAGCGUGAUCCCUCACCACUUCAUGAUGUCCAUCUACACUGCUCACUCGGCAGCCGAGAGACUCGGAAUCAACGCCAGCCUCCUCCGAGCCGCCAGGUCCGCAGCUAACACCAUCACCGGCUUCGUGGAUAGAGCCGAAGACGAUGUCUUGCAUUCACAUUUAAGGCGGCAAAAAUACUUGUUCGAUGUCGCAGCGUUGUCGAACAAAGAGGAAUUAGUCGGGGCCGAAUUGAGGUUACUGAGAAAAACGCCGGAGCAAUUUCGACAGACACUGUCUGGUCUCUACGACUUCAAACUGUACUCCUGCCUCAGCGAGGGACAACCGUCCAAAUUACUGCAGUCCCGCACGCUUCACAUUCACCAGUCCAAUGCACAAGGAUGGGAGGUAUUUGAUGUCUGGGAAAUAUUUCAGUUUUUCCACUCUGCCCAGUUAUGUUUUGAAUUGAAGGUGACAUCCAGCCAGAGCGAACGGGAUAUUGACCUGAGACAAAUCGGGUUCGCACGGAAGGGGAGAACGCCCCAAGAAAGAGCUCUGCUGGUGGUUUUCACUCGAACUCGGAAAAGAGAGAAUCUCUUCAGCGAGAUGAAAGAGAAGAUCAAAUCCUCAGAGGGCUCCGCCGACGAGGAAGGCGAACGCCAGUUCAAAGCCAGGAGGAGGAGGAGGAGACGAACCGCCUUUACAAACCGCCAUGGGAAGAGGCACGGCAAGAAGGCCAAGUCCCGAUGUAGUAAAAAACCUCUCCAUGUGAACUUCAAAGAGUUGGGUUGGGAUGACUGGAUAAUAGCUCCCUUGGACUAUGAAGCUUAUCACUGCGAGGGAGUGUGUGACUUCCCGCUCAGAUCCCACCUCGAACCCACCAACCAUGCGAUUAUCCAAACGCUCAUGAACUCUAUGGACCCGAACUCCACGCCUCCGAGUUGCUGCGUCCCCACCAAACUGAGCCCCAUCAGCAUCCUGUACAUCGAUGCGGGCAAUAAUGUUGUCUAUAAGCAGUAUGAGGACAUGGUCGUAGAGUCAUGCGGCUGCAGGUAGCAGAGUGGCCAUGGUUCCGGGAGGAGCGAGCCUCCCGGGUGUAGUAUUUGAGGAGAGCGCGGGGCUGGUCGCUUGGUGGAACAUAGCCGCUAUUUAAAAUGUUCUCAAAUAGCUGUGGCUCCGCUACCAGUGCUCGCGAAUAAAACAUCAGGGGAAGAGAGAGAGAAAGAGAAGGCGAGAGGGGAAAAACAGUCUAGAAUGUUCUCUGUAAUUUAUUCCUAUACCGUCAUUUAGUGGAUAUGAGACCGAUAUUUUAAUACACUACCUGCAAUUUACCUGUAAGGAGAUAUCUAACCCCUCUGCACCAAGAUAUUAUCACACACUAUUAGGUAUCAUAUUACCAGCAAGAAUAGGGGCUACAUUACUGGCAGAGACGGAGGACGGGUUGGCAGAAACGUCCUUCAAAUCUGUGCAAACCAGUUAGUGCUGGUCGCAGCAAUUGCAGAGGCGAUUAUCAUUAGUCCUCCCACACGUAUUUCUAUCCAGUCCACUGGAAUUGUGAUGGCUGGCGCAUUUCCCAGUUAGGUUCUCCCCAACUUUUAUUGCAUAAUGUCAGUGCAAGUUGGUGAAGGGUCAUUCAGUGCGGUUGGAGGUUGGGGACGGUGGGGAGCGGUGCAAGAGGACACAUGCGCCAACCCCCCAUCCCAACUAACCCCCUCUGGAUGUUGCCAGUCAUAUGUGGAUGGAGGAGAGCUAGAGGGAGGAUAUACCCGCUCAAUCUCCAAUCGCGGUUUAAGCACGGUGGUCCCUGCUGAAAAA